AUGAAUACACCGAAGGAUUACCUUUGCCCAAUAACACUUGAGAUUAUGGAUUUACCUGUUAUAUUAAUUGAAGAUGGACGUAGUUAUGAAAAACGUGAGCUACAGCGUUGGCUACAGAAUCACAAUACAUCACCAACAACGAAUAAAGUUUUAAAAAAUAAAGAUUUUAUUAUAAAUAUCAGUUUAAAGAAUGCUAUCGAAGAAUUUCGCGAAAAGCAGAUAAAAGCACAACACUGUGAAACACUAUCUCAUACGUUAGAAAUCAAACCUGGAGGAUUACCACAGGAGUUUCAGAAUACGAUAUACUCUCCAUUGCGUAUUAAAAUAUGCCUAUUAGGUGAUUCUUAUGUUGGAAAAACAUCAAUUGUUAAACAUUUACAAUUUCAAAAUCGUGUUUCGAAAACGGAAUACGUUACUACAUGUGGACCUGAUGUUGUCCCGCUACAUUUAAAUCGUUUAUUUGAUGAUCAUUAUGCUGUUUCAAUACAUGUAUAUGAUUUGCCAGGUGAGCUUAAAUGGAAGGAUGUAUGGAAAAGUCAAUAUAAAUGUCACGGUGCUAUAUUUGUAUGCAACGUAACUGAUCAUAAAACGUUAAUAAGUAUUGAAAAUGAAUGGUAUCCUGCAUUGAAAACAUAUGGCUUCGAUUUAUUUGAAGGUGUACUGUUAUGCAACAAAAUCGAUGUGGGUGAAGAUUUUGAAGAUCAAAUAUUUAAAGAUGCACACCGAUUUUCAACAAAUAAUGAUUUAUCCUUAUUUCAUACAUCUGCAAUAACAGGAAAAAAUAUACAGGCUAUGUUCAACCACUUGGUGUUAAGUAUAUUGAGUAAUCGAUUGUUGUUGAAUCAAUUGAAACAAAAUACUGGCAGUACAAGUAAUACUAAGAAUAGACAUAAUGAACGAUCGACUAUAGUAAAUACAGAAAAUAUCGUAUUAACCGAGAAGAGGAAAAGAGACCAAGGCAAAGGAAACAAGAGUGAAUGUUGUUGUUCAAAAAACUAA